GGCAUCAUCAUCAUCAACAACGUCAUUCAAAUAACAUGUCAAUUUUAAAUAGAAUUAAUUUUUUUCAUUAUUGGUCAUAUCAAUUGACCAUAAUUGUGAUAAUUUUUGUGUACACUAUUUCCGAUAUCGAUUCGAUAACAAUCGAUAGUCAACAAAAUUCUAGUUCAUCAAAAUCUUCUGAGAUUCUUCAAGAAUCAACAUCAGGAAGAAUAUAUCUUGAAAAUGGUAUGAAUUUACCAUUAUCGAUUCAACAACAACAGUCGGCUACAACUUUAACACCUCAAAUAUCAUCAUCAUUAUUACCACAAUCAAAAAUGAAUGAUGAUGAUAAACCAACAAAUCAACCACAAUUUUCCGUACAAAUCUAUUUGAUUAUUUUCAUUGGUUUUGUGCCAGCUUGUCUUGGUGGAUUAGCUUGGUGUGGAAUGCAUAAUCGAUGUUGUCGAAACAAAAAUCAUCAAUGUUCAUCACAUCAAACAACCGAUUUUGAAUAUGGUAAUAAUGGCUGCAAUAAUAUUAGUGAUAAAAAUAAUAAUUUUCAAGAUUGUAAUAAACGAUAUAAUCAGAAAAAUAUUACUCUGAAUAAUAUGAUCAACGUAAGACGAUCAAAUGGUAUUGUUCGUAGUCGUCCAGUACAUUCUAGUUAUGAAGUUCCAAGAAAUUCUUUGGAAAUGUUAGAAGUACUUGGUGAAGGAAAUUUUGGUCAAGUAUGGAAAGCCCGUAGUCAUUAUUUUGGCAAUAAAGACAAUACAAAACUUGUUGCAGUCAAAACAAAUAAAUUGACAGAAAACAGUGAGCCACAGGAUGAUAUAUUGAAAGAAUUAGACAUCAUGGUACAAUUAGGAUCACAUCCAAAUGUUGUUCGUUUACUAGGUUGUUGCACUGAAAACAAGCCAUUUUAUAUUGUGAUGGAGUUUGUAUCACAAGGAAAACUAUUAUCAUAUCUACGACAACAUCGAGAUGAUUAUCUGGAUGUCAUCAAUGAUUAUAAUUCAGUAGCAAAAUCUUCAACAAUGAUGAAUGCACAUUAUAAUCAUAAUCAUAAUCAACAACAAAAUCCAAAUCGGCCAUUUAUCAACAAUAAUAAUUACAUGACUUAUUAUCAUCAUACAAAUAAUAACAAUGAUGGUUAUGGUGAGAUUAAUCGUAAAUCGUUUUCAAAAUCGAUGAACAAACAUUUACAACAAAAUGAAAAUGAUCAAUCAUUGUCAUCUUAUGAUUUGAUUCAUUUUGCCUAUCAAAUUUCUAAAGGAAUGGAAUUCAUAAGUAGUCAUGGAAUCAUACAUCGUGAUUUGGCCGUUCGUAACAUAUUGAUCGAUGAGAAUAAAAACUGUAAAGUGGCCGAUUUUGGUCUUAGUCGAAGUAUACGUGAUAAAGAUUGCGAUAUGUAUGAAAUGAAACAUGGUGGCCAAGUUCCAGUUCGUUGGAUGAGUCCGGAGGCCUUGACCAUGGGAAUCUUUUCGAUCAAAAGUGAUGUAUGGGCAUUUGGAAUUACAUUAUGGGAGAUUGUUACUUUAGGAUCAACACCAUAUAUCGGUAUGAGUGCACCCGAAGUUAUUAACUAUAUCCGACAGGGCAAUAUCUGUUCACAACCUGUACAUUGUAAUGAUCAUUUGUAUGAUCUCAUGAAAAGUUGUUGGGCAUAUAAAGCAGAUGACCGAUUCACAUUCACACAAAUUAAAUAUCAUUUAAUGAAAAUGUUGUUGGCCAUUCAGGAGAAUAACAACAAAGACAAUUACAUUGAUCUGGAUAAUUUUAAUAAUUCAUUAUAUUAUUUCAAUACCACUGAUCCAUCGGAUGAAAAACUUUAAACAUUAUGAUUUUUGUAAGAAUAUUAUCAUUUAAAUUUAUGUACAUAAAAUUAUCAAUUGUGAACAAU